AUGCCGCCGAAACGUGUCCGCCAGAGGCCGCUGAUGGAGCGGGUUAGGGAUAUGUUGAAUAUCUCCGACUUUCUGCUCUGGGCUUCCGAGGAGAUACAGACGCGCGAGCUGGACUCGAAGGAAUCCGGCUUUAGAUUCGGUCUCUUUGCGAACUUCACCUUUCUACUCGCGAGGGCGAACUCGAGGGCCUCGACCAGUGGAGAUGAUGUCUUCAGCGACUCAACUGGGAGCGGCUGGGCAUACGCGGCGCAGACAUGGGUCUGGAUCCUUAUUGCCUUCUCGCUCGGAAACACCCUGUGGACUUUCUGGUCGGCGCGCCACUAUCGACUAUUCGAAGCCAAUGUCGAACAGAAGCCGGGAACGCCAUCCGCACACAGAGUGCGCGUGCAGUCUUCGCCGGUCUCGUCCUCGCCUCUCCGAUUGAUCGCAGACGCGAUUGGUUCCGAGACGGCGCAGUCCCGUGCGCAUCCGGACAGCACGCGGGAUGUGUGGGAGGUCGCGGUGUGGGACCCCUGGCCGGCCUGUCUGCAGAUAUUCGGAUACUUCAGCCCGCUGCAUGUCCUGAUGUACAUGUUCGAGCUGCCGCUUGAUCCCUUGGCCCCACGACCAAGCGUGACGCUGUUCAAGUGCGUGGUGCUCCAGGCUGGGCUGUCUCUCAUGGUCCAUCUCCUCCAGUCGAAGAACGACCAGAGGCAGAAGGACGCUGCUCUCAUUCAAAAGGAAGUCAUGCGUGAGUAUGACACCAAGUUUGUCCAUCCGCGGCUGAACCCAGUCGUGAGGGAUGUGUCGACCCAGGUUUCCAUGGACAGCAAGGAUCACGAGGGUGAUACGGUCGAGUCGGGUACUCCGACGACCAUCAUCAGGCGCGGUUUCCAAACGCAUCCUAAUCCGAAUUACGUGUCUCACCUCGGAGACAGCACCACGGGCUCUUCAGUACAGGCCAACCCGGCCCUGAACAGCCGCCUUUUCACCCCUGCAACCAGGUCGCGAUACUCGGAUUCUUUUACUACAACUCAGUCUACAAAGCCACGCCCGAAUUUCCCGGUCCACACGCCACCCAACUUCGCCGCAGCAGCAGCUCCAGCAGCCAGUGGCGGUAUCCCCUCAUCGAUGACGACGGGAAGCACGAACUUUGGAGGCAGCAUGGGCGUCUUUACCCACUCCAACUCGCCGUUGAAGAAGACCACUAGUAUGGGCAACAUCAACGAUGCAGGCGGCUUCUUGUCGCCCCGCAACUCGCGCGAGCUGGCCGCCAUCGAGCAGAGGGAGUUGACGGAGCGCAUGCAGCGGCGGGCCAGCCCACUGAAGGAGAGGGGCUCCGCGAUCCGCAGAUCGGUCGCCCCGGAGCAGCCCCUGCCGUUGCAGAGCGCAAAUCCGUUUGUGGCAGCUCGGCCAAAUGAGACCAAGGUUGAUGACUGGCAGGGUGUUCCUGACAGGGAUCUGACUGCCGAGGCCAAAGGGGCUGACGACAAUUUUCUUACCAACUGGAACCUGGCUCAAGACUUGCCCAGACGGCACGAGACUGUACGGAGGCCAAGGGUAAACAUGAGAGACGGUUCUCCUCUGAUCCCUCAUCCUCCGGCCACUGCGGUUCAUUGGCAUCCUCAAGCAACAUCGCCCAAUCGUCCAGGGGCUGGCCGUCCGUCUGCUCUUCUGCAGUCACCCUUGGGGGGCCACCCAACUGCAGGCGGAGGCAUGUCUACGGCUGCACAGAUAAGUGAAACAUCCGAUACAGUCAAGAUAUUCAAAGACAGGAAGGAAGCCCGCCGUCAGCGGCGAGAGCUCAAGGCAAGCGGCGACUACCUGGGAGUGCAAGGUGUCAACCCACAAACUGGAGAGCUCGAUGUUCUUACCCCGACCAGCAGCUCCGAAAGCCCGACCCUGUUUCCGCCUGUCAUGACUGCUGCACUCACCAACUCGGCCAACAAUGUCCGGACGGCCAAGCAAGCUUAUCAAGAAGCCAGGAGCCAGCAUAAAGCAGAGGUUCAAAGAGCGCAAGCCGCCCACGAGCAAGACAAACACGACAAAGCCCAGCGUCAAAAGGACGUCAUCAGGGUCGAGCAGCGACAGGUCAGAUGGCGCAAGGACGAGGCGCGGUGGUCGUCCGUCGCAGAGCCUAACCUAAGCCCUAUUGCGCAAUCUCAAGGAACUGGAACGUCGUCUUCGGACAACUUGAAGCGCUUAGGAAAGGGCGUGGAAGCAGCGCCUCCGCAAUUGCUCAAGUCUGUCCUCACCAAGGCCAACUCGGUCCAAAUCGGACCCUCUCCAAUAUCGACGUCGACUGAUGAGGUCCCGCGAGCAUCUUCGGACACAGUCGUCCGUACUCCUUCGAGGCAAAAUGCCGGUGGCGAGGUUUCGCUGGCAGAUGAACUGAGAGAUAUGGUGAUGGCCUCGCCCACCGACAAAGAGAACAUCACGAGGACGCCGCAUGAUGAUGGCAGAACCAUCCGGGAACCUCAAUCCGACCCUCUUCCCGGGGUGCGAAGCAUGCCAUCACCAGAAGCGUCCAUGAGGUCUCCUAGAAGCACAGGGAUGACAGCUGUGCCGACCCAAGCCCGGGACCAGCAUUCUUUUUUAGGGCAGCACCGCUCCAGGCGCAUAGAUCCGGGAGGAGCGAGGCAAACGCCAGCCCCGAUCCUCAAGCGCAACGAGGAGAGAGCCACGCCUAUCCACACCCAGUGGAAAUCUCUGCCAUCCGUACAUGUAGAUCGUAUAGUCGCAACCAACGAUCGCCAACGAACGACUCGGGCGCCAGUGGUGGCGAAGAUGGGCGAUUACGAUCCAAUAUACCAAGGAUUGGAAUAUCUCGAAAACCUGUCCCAAGAAAAGCCGCAGACGAGCCAUCAUCAGAUCAGCGACAGCAUGGCCUCAGGCCCAAACCUUUGGGAGCCAACACCGAAGCGGAGCAGGGAGAAGACGUUCUUCCAAGAGUUGGUCCAAAACCUCGGAGACCCUCACCUGGAAUAUCAGAAAUCGACAGAGAAACUGGUAGACCUGAGCCCGCCAAAGCCCAGCCAGCAGAAGGAAGUCAAACCCCGGGAGCCCCAGAGCUGGCCUCUGGGCAGUCCACCAGAGAUCUGGCUGAACGCACCCACCGCUCAAGGUCACGAGGAAGAGUCUGCUUACACACACAUCACCACCACUACUGGAUCCGAUCACGGUCGGCCGAGCCAGAUUCUAUACAACUUCGACGGAGCGGGAGGCAUCGCCGAAGGACCAGUGACACCCCUGUCGGGAGAGAUCUCGGCAGUAUCAGGCGAGCAAGAAACAAAGAACAUGACGCUUUCUCGCCUUUUCCAUCGGAAACCGAUACCGAGAUCAUCGCCGAAGGGACAAGACGCGCCUCCCGCAAUACCUACCGAAGAUACUACGUCGGUUCGCCUGCUGGAGGAUACCAAGCUGCGGAGCGAGAGACUAUCUCCCCGAGCUUCUCGACACCAUACUGUGCCAAUGAUCCAUCCGGUAGCGACAAGGGGAAAAUUGUCACCCACAAUCAUGUCUAUGUUCCCUGCCAGCCCCGAUUGUCCAAGACCCCAGUCAGAACCUCGUCAAGGCGGGAAUCUAGACAAGGCGAUCGCGGAAAGAGCAGCAAGGACGGCUCUCCAGGCAACCCCGGGCCAAGCACGAGACGAUAUCAAGAAGCACCAGCCAGCCCCUCUGAACAUCGAGCCAAUCGAAUUGCUUCCCAGGUCAAGGCUCGGAAUGAUCAGGAAACUGAGCGACAAGUUCCACGCCAUCAAAGACAUCCAAAACACCGCAGGGAAGCUCAAGAGGUCAAAGGCAGGCUCAGCCCAAGACAUGCCCCGUGGACAUCCUCGAACCGUGGAAGUCAUGCCGAGGCCCAUGGGAUGGGGCGCAUCCGAGGGAUUCACCCCGCGGGCGCUGACCAAGGAGGAACUCCGGGAGCUGGUCAGGGCGUUUCCGGACAAUGACCCGGUGGAGAUGGCCGGUACAAACAUGAGACAGGAAGUGGAUGACGGCCCAAGUGCGAGAGAGCAGAGCUCGCGGGACGGUGCUGCGGAUGGAGAGACAGUCGAGGACGAGGGCGAGGACGGAGGCGACACAGCAGCAGGUGCUGCACGGAAGCGAGACCUAGAGUCCUUCCAGGAGGACACGGAGCAGCCCGACCAGCAGGAGCAGGAUUUCGAGAAGUACUUCGCAUCGUCGACUGCCCCGAGCGCCUCGAUCCCAAACCCGAACUCGAUGUUCUCAUCCGCGCCGGCAACCGCACCGGCGCCGCACCCCGUGUCCGGGGAGGGCGGCGAGGCUGCCCUCCGCGAAGCCAUGGACUCGCUCAUGCGCAGCACCGCAGCUCUCAGGGAGAGAUUCGGAGACCAGGUCUCGGUCAACCCCAACUUUGGCGCCACACAGCCCUCGGCCGCUCCACCGCCACCUCCGAACAACGGCGCCGAUGCCGAGAACCCUUUCAACCCCUGGACGCAAACGAACGAGUACCUGGUUUGGAACCGGGAGAACAGGCCGUCGGACGAUCACGUCUAUUUCGUGGGCCCGCAGCCACCACAGCAUCAGGGAUCCCUGCCCGUUCAGGCCGCAACCGUGGGUCAGGGUAUCCUCUCCGUGGGACAGGGAGGUUCGAUGAUGCCCCAGAACGAUCAAUACAUGAUGACUCCGGCCGACAACCGUGCCGCAGCGGACGUCGGAGGCCAGGAGCAGGAGACUGACGUCCCUGAGGAGGAGGAGGAGGAGGAGGAGGAGGAGGAGUAUUCUUCCUCGGACGAGUCGACAUCAGACAACCAAGGUGAUCCCGACACUGACAGCGCGGCGCACCAGACAGGCCCAUCCUCGUCAUGGUCAGCCUCUGUUGGCCUCACUCCUCUGGGAGUGCAUUCCGCCUUGGGCGCCAGCUUCUCGCCAGUGUAUACCGCGUCCGCGCCGUCGGGUCCCCUGUUUUCAGUGCCGCCGUCGGCUCCCACCGCCGCGUACGCCAACCCAGCAGUACCCGGAAUCAAUGUCUUCCCGACCCUGAACCAGCCCGUCGGCCCCGGAUUCCAAAACGCCGUCCCCUUUGAGCCGUAUUUCUCUGCUCCAGCACCUCUCACCAUGGCAGCCCCCAUUCCUGCCAGUUAUUACACCACCCACCAACCCUCACAGCAACAGCAACAGCAGCAGCAACAGCAGCAGCAACAGCAACAGCCCUUCCUCACCUUCCUCCCGAGCUCCUCAUCCGUCUUCGGCAUCGCCCCGGCGCCCCACCCAGUGCAGCACUACAACCCCUUCCGCCCGCGCACGGCGACGCCCUUCCGCACCACCGCCUCGCCGGAGCCCAUCGACCGCCUCUGCGCCAACACGGUGCGCAUGGCCCGCGGCGCGGGCGACGUCCCCGAGGCCGUGGCCGCCUGGCUGCCCUCGCUGCGCGCCCUGCUGCGCGACCCCUCGACGAGCGCCUACUACCGCGCCCACGCGGCCGAGCGCCUCGCGCGCGUCGGCUGGCCCCUGGUGCCCGACGCCGCGUCGCGCGCCACCGAGGCCUGGGACCUGUGCAUGGAGCUGCGCGUCUGGCACAACCACAGCCCCGGCGGGUUCGGCGGCGGCGGCGCCUUCUCGGCCACCACCGGCGGCGGCGGCGGGACCAGCAGCAGCAGCAGCCUGCCGGCCGACAUGGCGGCCCACCUCGAGGCCAUCCAGCUCUCGAGCCUCGAGAGCAUGGAGCUCUUCACGGCCGCCCUCAACGCCGAGUACCUCGCCUACUGCGCCGAGGCCCACGCCGCGGAGGGCGGCGCGCUGCUCGGCGCGCCGGUGGACGGCGGCGAGAUCAUCGUCGCGGCGAUGGAGGCCCGGUGCGAGCAGGCGGCCGCCGAGGGCACGCUGUUCGCGCGGCCGCCGCGCGCGGCGCUCAAGGACGGCGCGCGGGAGCUCUGGGGCGCGGCGGGCCCCGGCCACCGGAAGCCGUUCCUCGACGCGUUCCGCGAGUCCAUGGUGGGCAGGGACCUGGACGCCGUGCGGAGGUACAUGGUCGCCAAGGUUGAGGCGAGCACGGGCCGGGACCUCUCUUACUGA